AUGUCCACUAGUAUAUCAAAUCAAUUUUCUAAAGACUGGAUGAUGCCAUGGGAAGGAACUACAAAUUCUAUUAGAAUUCGAGAUAUUGUCAUUGCUAGAGAAUUAUUAAAUUAUUUAGAUAACGGACCUAAAUUUAUUAAUGUAGAAACUGCAAAAAGUAUAAUUAAUAAGGGAGGAGUUAUUUCUAGAUAUUUUAUUCAAAGACUUCAAUCAUCGUUUGGUGAUAUUGAUCCUGAAUUAUUUGAUGAGAAAGCAAAACAUAUUCCAGAUACAAAAGCAAAUAAAUAUUAG